CUGAGAAUGUCGCUAGGAACGAAAGCAUAUAACGUGAAACACAUUUUAAACGUGGCCAGCUACCUGAAGUCACUGCUCAAAUAUAUAGCCAACACGAGAAGAUUCGCCUCGGUCUUCGGAGACGUAGUUUUACUCAAAGAAAAGAACAACGAAAGCAACUAUAAGAAAACAUCGCUCCCACAUACAAAUAUAUUAACAUCCGUAUCACCUUCAGUUGGUGUCACCUUCCGCGCUCCAGCCAGGAUCAACAUACAACACCUUACACUCGCACGUACGUACAAUUUAACCACAAUAGAUACAACAAUGUGCAUGGCUCUUCCCCAAUGGACAAUAAACAAGGAUUCAAAAAAUGGAAUCAUCAGACGUGAAAUUGUACAACAGCAGUGA